CGGGGAUUUUCAUCGAGAUGGACACGUUGGACUGCUGUGUCGCCCAGAUGCGCGCGUGUGCCGACAAGCUCCGAAGCACAAAGAAUGCGCUCUCCUUGACAUACCUCGACAUGAAAGCAAGAGACUUACCAGCAAUCACAAUUACAUCGAGAUUAGUUUUCGAGGAGGAAGAGAAAGAAGAUGACAUCGUCGAGAAGCACAAGCGGCGUUACGAAGCAUGUGUCAAGCAAGCGGAGGAACAGGUUGAAAAGUUGAUGGCAGAAAAAAAACAACUCGAGCAAGAUCUCCGGCGGCAAUCGCAGCAAUUCCGCCAAGUACUGGAAGAGCGAGAUGCUGACGUUCAAGUGGAAUACGCAAAGAUGAUCGCAGAGCUCAACGACCACAUUGAAGACUCAAAACAGCAAUUGAACGCUGCGGUUGAAUCACGUGACGCCAAGCAAUCGCUAGUUCGUAACUUGCCUUCUCCGUCGUUGGCUAGCCAAGCUGAUCUUCACAAGCAUCGCAUGCUGCAGCAACAAAUCAUGGGUUUGUCCAAGGAAGUGUCGGAACUUCAGGCUGAGCUCCACCAAAUUGAGGAAGAAUUAUCGCGCCCUGUGGCUAUCAAGCGCAAGGCAAAUGCAUUAGAUGAAGCCGAUUCCAGCCAUCACGUUUCAGUCGCCCAAGAAUGCAAUGAUAUCCAGGUGGAGAUUGCCAUGCUCAUUGAAACGGAACAAGCGUUGCAGGACCAGGCUACCCAGCGGCGAUUACAUGCAGCCCAGCAAGAAGAAAACCAAUUGGCUCUCCGUGAAGUGGAAGAGGUUGGUGCAUGCGACUUGAGAUGAUGAGAGACGAAGUCCACUGCUAGUUGGAGCAAGAAAUUUCCAGUGUCGAUGCGUCUAUUGCAACGCUAACAACUCGACUGCAAGCUCAGUUAUUUCGUGUCUUGGCACCCUCAUCGACAAUGGGAGCACUUCUUACUCGUUUGUGCUCGUAUAUUUCAGCGCAAGGGGACGCCCCGAUCGCCAUAUCGAAUGUCUUGGAGAUGUGUCCGUCACAAGUUGAAGGCAACGAAUGUAUCGAUCUGUUGGUUAAAGUCGGUUUUGUUGUCAGCGAUGGAGUGAACCUUCGACAGACCACCACUUAACCAACAUCUCCCUCCGCACGUAAGUCAUCAAGUGUUUGGCAAGUUAUGCCUGGUUAAAAUACCAAUACAGCGAAGAGGGCCAUUGGGCUGUGAGUGGCAAAACCAUCAAUAGACCUGCAUCACCACAGUUGACGGUUAAUGAAGUCGAAAAAGGAGAUGAUAUGAAGGGAACACAUCAAUUUGGUUGAGUAUUAACAGUAAAUGCUUGACACUAC